AUGAGAUCCGCUGAUAGAGCAAAUCCUGAUUCCUUUGUUUGUCAUUUUUCCUUUCCAUUUAUUAGGUUUAUUCUUUUUUUCCUUUUUUUUUUCGCUUUUUAUCUGCCGUCCUUCUUUCGACAACGGCGCCAAGAGCCAAUUCGAAAGAGUUCGUCAGGCAUCCGUUCACUUUCUCUUUUCUCUAUUUAUUUUAUUCUAUUUUAUGCCACUACUCUCUCUGCCUUCCUUCAUUUCUUUUUUUUUUACUUUUUCUUUCUAUUUUAUGCUACCAUUCAAUCUUUCAUGUUUCAUUUGCUUUUUUUUUUCUUCUUUCUUUCUUUCUUUCUUUCUUUCUUUCUUUCUUUUUAUUUUAUUUAUUCACUUAGUUUACCAUGCUUCAUUUCAUUUCUAUCUUUCUUUCUUUAUUUCUUUUAUUCUAUUUUAUGCCACUACUCUCUCUACCUUGCUUCAUUUUCUUUCUUUCUUUUUUCUUUCUUUUUUUCGUUAUUUCGUUCUUUUAUUUUAUUUAACCGUUUUCAUAUUUUCUUUCAUUCUUUAAAUCUUCUCGAUUGCUUUCUUUUUUUCUUCAACCUUCCUCAGAUUAUUUUUUUCAAUAUUUUUCUCUUUUCAAUUUUAUCCUUCCCGUCUUUUUUUUUCUUUUCUCCCGCUUUCUUUCUUUCUUUCUUUCUUUCUUUUAAUUUCUUUUUCUUUUUCUUUUUGUUAAACUCGUUAAAAUUUUUUCUUUAUUUCUUUCCCCAAACUUUUUCAAUUUCAUUCUUUUUUCCUUCAACGUUCCUUAAAUUCUCUUUUCAAGAGUCAUCAUUUUAUUGCUUUCUUCCGUCUUUAUUUUCUAAUUUAUUUUUUUUAUUUUUUUUUCUCGUUAUCCUUUCUUUCUUUCUUUCUUUCUUUCUUUAUUUCUUUCUUUCUUUCUUUCUUUCUUCUGACCUCUUCUUACUUAUCCACCCAUUUCUUCUUUCAUUUCCUUUCUUUUUUUUCUAUUUGUGUCUCUCUUUAUCAAUUCCGUUGUUGAAUUCUUUUGUUAAUUCAUCAUGUCUUAUUUUCUUCUCCGAAUUUCUAGACUGA